UGGACAACAACACCAAAUAACAAAAUCAAUACGGUGCAAAUACUACUGCCUCCUCCACACAGUGCACUUGAGCAGUAGAUCAAGAUGCGUCAAAAGAGGGCGAAGACAUACCGAAAACUAAUGCAACUGUACUGCAUGUCUUUCGGAUUCAGACAGCCUUACCAGAUCCUCGUAGACUCAGAAAUGUGCCAAAUAGCUGUAGAUUCCAAGCAGGAUCUCAUAAAACAGUUUACUACCGUGAUCCAGGGAAACGUGAAGCCCAUGAUCACGCAAUGCUCUAUCCAGGAGCUUUAUCUCCAAGGAAAGGCUCGACAGCCUGCCGUUGACCUCGCAAAGACGUUCGAACGUCGCAAAUGCAACCAUAGAGAGGCUAUCCCUGGAGUCGACUGCCUCUUGAGCGUAGUAGGGGACACUAACAAGCACAGGUAUGUUGUCGCCACGCAAUCGCAAUCCCUGCGCAAUGCACUGCGCAUCAUACCCGCGGUGCCCGUAAUUCACAUAAAUCGCGCGGUCAUGGUGCUCGAGCCACCCAGCGAAGCUACGCUGAAAGCCAAGGAGCUGACCGACGAGCAAUCGCUUCAUUCGUCCGUCCCAAAGCUUGCAACCGCACUCCAAGAUAAACUAGUGCCCAAGAAGAGGAAGGGUCCAAAGGGGCCCAAUCCUCUGAGCGUCAAGAAGAAGCAAAAGUAUCCAGAAGCCUCUGCCCGGCCUCCGCAAAAAAUCAAGACCGAGUCAUCAGAUACUUCAUCGAGCACUGCUGGAUUGCCAGGGCAAAAACGGAAACGUGAUACUCAGGAUGAUAAGCACGAAGAACAGAGUGUUGGAAUGACUGAUGGAGCUCAAAGCAUUGUCACAACCAGGACAAGAAAAAGGCGUAGAAAAGCCGCUAUCGUCCCCCCAUCUUCACCGUAGUCAUGAUAUACUGGUUUUAUCCUAUUCAUCUCAGAAGGUCCGAAUUCCG